CAGGAUCAUCAUCGGCAAAGCAGCACCACUCCCUCGUCCGGAUCCCGUGCUGUAGCGGCGGAGCAUGGAGAGCGCACACAUCUGCUGCUGCCCUCCACUUCACGGGUUUAGCUCCCGGGGAUGUUCCAAAGGACAACACGGGGCCGGGGAAUUCUGGAGGCCUUGGAUCCCCGCCCAAAGCGAUGCAGAGAGACAGCUGAGAAGAAAUCAAAGCGUGCUGUACAGUCCAUAUGGGAUGUCAGAAGCCUCAGGAAAACUUACCCAAUAUACACAUCCAGUUAGACUAUUUUGGCCCAAGUCAAGGUGCUAUGAUUACUUAUAUCAAGAAGCUGAAGCACUUCUGAAAAACUUCCCAGUUCAAGCCACAAUUUCCUUUUAUGAAGACUCAGAUAGUGAAGAUGACAAUAUUGAACUGGAACAAGAUUCAGGAAUAGAAUCUGAUUGCUAACUAUAUGGAGUGCUAAUGCCACCUCUAAAACUUUCUAAUUUAAAUUUGAUGUAAAAAUGUAUCAUAGUAUUUUAAAGAUAAUUUAUUUGAAUGUAAGUUAUUGGUAAUAAAAAAUUGAAAUAUUUUGUAAAUGUUAUAGUAUUUUUGUCUUUAUCUUUUCUAGUCUAAGGAUUGUUUUUGCUUUUAAGGGAGAAAAGGUACAAAUUUGAACUUCUUAAAACAGCCGA